AUGGAACAACUUGAACAGGAAAAUCAGGAUCUCAUGGAAGAGGUUACUUCACUCAAAAUAAAUUUGAAGAGACUCACAACGAUGAUGGAAACGCUAGUGGCUGCUCAGAAUCAGCCAUCUCCAGAGACCAUUCAAAGAGCUGUAAUUUCAGAAAUCAUAUCUACGCCCAUUUCUAUGGCACCUGUGAAUGCUCCUCAAUAUCAGAUGCACCCCAACUUCCCUUGGGGCAUGCCACCAAAUUAUACACCGGAAGGUUACCGCUCACAAGUUCCUGAAGCUCCUAUAGUGCCUGCUAUCAUGUCUGUGCCACCUCCUGUGAUACACACUACUCCAUACCACGAAGAGCCCAUCUUUCGCGCCACUCCAAGUGAGAGUAUGAGAGUAUAUGAGAAAAUGGGUGAUUUCCAAUAUCAAUUUGCUGAUAUGCAAAGAGAGAUUAAAGCCCUUAGGGGAAAAGAUCUAUUUGGGAAGAAUACCCAUGAUCUCUGCCUUGUGCCAAAUGUCAAAAUACCUGCCAAAUUCAAAGUACCUAACUUUGAAAAGUACAAGGGGGAUUCUUGUCCAAGGAGCCACUUAACUAUGUAUGCCCGAAAAAUGUCCACUCAAAAUGACAACCACCAAUUGUUGAUUCACUACUUUCAAGACAGUCUGACUGGUGUUGCUCUUAAGUGGUACAUGAACUUGGAUAUUGCCCAUAUCCGCACAUUCAAUGAUAUCGCUGAAGCUUUUAUCAGGAAAUACAAGUACAAUAUUGACAUGGCGCCGGACAGAUAUCAACUUCGGGUUAUGUCCCAAAGAGACAAGGAAACUUUCAAAGAAUAUGCACAAAUAUGGCACGAGGUUGCCGCCCAUAUUUAUCCUCCUCUCGAAGAAAGCGAAAUGACUAAGAUCUACUUGAAGACUCUAAGUUCUUUCUACUAUGAACGAAUGAUAGCGAGUGCACAAAGUGACUUCACUGACAUGGUGAAUAUGGGGAUGCGUCUCGAAGAAGGUGACCGUGAGGGACGAUUGGUUAAAGAAGGUGGUUCAUCUAGCGGUGUCAAAAAGUUCGGAGUUGGGUUCCCUAAGAAGAAAGAGCAAGACGUCAGUACGGUGGUACACAUAAGACCAAGGCAGAGAUAUCAACAACAUAUUGCAGCAGUAGCUCCAGCCUACCAACCACAGUUCUUACAACAAGUUCAACGACAACAACAACCACAAUUCACACAACAACAACCUCAGUACAUUCAACAUAAUACCAUGCAACCGCAACAACGGCCUCAACAACAGGCACGCCCAUAA